AUGCGCGCCUGGGUAUACUCCAAAGCAGGCAAGAGCCUCGCCUCAGCCCUAACACUAAGCAAGACAGCCCGACGUCCGCCAUCCCCACUACCCGCAGACAAGCUGCUCGUGCGAGUAACGCACAUGUCGCCGAACCCAGCAGACCACAAAGUUCCCGAGAUAGGCCAGCUCGCGUCGCUCGCGCUGACACGGUCCUUCACAGCUUCGCCGGGGAUGGACUACGCCGGCGUCGUCGAAGAAGUCGGGGCGAAAAUCAACAACACUACUACAUCUAGAAACGCGGUGAGCUACAAACCCGGCGACAAAGUCUUCGGCAAAGUCGAAAGCACCCCCUUCGGGACGUUAGGGGAAUACAUCCAACCGUUUCCCAACGGGUGCGUUCCCCUCCCACCAUCCGUCUCGCCCGCAUCAGCAAGCACCCUGGGCACCGCGGCGCAAACAGCGUACCAAACCCUCAUCCCCUACAUAACCCCAGGCGCCGGCGACGAAGUCUUCGUCAACGGCGGCAGCGGCGGCGUGGGCACGUUCGCGAUCCAGAUCGCGGCCAAGGUCCUCGGGUGCGUCGUGACAACGUCCUGUUCGAGCCGCAACACAUCCCUGUGCUCUUCCCUCGGCGCAGCCACAGUCCUAGACUACGCCACGACGGACAUCGCUUCGGCCCUGCGCGCCCGGGGCCAAGUCUUCAAGCUCGUGGUAGACUGCGUGGGCGGGAGUCCGGCGGACCUGUACACGGCCGCCAACGACUACCUGCUUCCCUCGGGCACGUUCGUGCAGAUCGGUGGGGACUUCAGUCCCUCUGCGCUCUGCGCGACGGCGUCGCGGGCUAUGUGGCCUGGUUUCCUCGGCGGCGGGAAGCGCGCGUACAAGUUUCUUGUGAUGGAGACGAGGCGGGACGAUCUGGUGCAGCUCGCGCAGUGGAUGGCGGAGGGCAAGAUCGAGGCUGUUAUCGAUGGUGAUGUCUACCCCUUUGAGGAGGCGCCGAAGGUCUUUGAGAAGUUGCAGACGAAGCGGACGAGGGGGAAUCUGGUGGUGAAGGUGUCAGAUUAA